AUGCCGGUUUUCAAACUCGUGGCAUGGUCAGUACCAAAGACGAAAGAGUUCUUUAUGCGAUUAAAACAGAUCGUUACUUCGUUUGACCGAAGAUGUCUGUUGGGAGUGAAUUUAGUUCCUGUCGGUUCUGCGGUGUCAGUCACAGGCCGUUGGCAACCAAGCUCAGGCUCACAACAGGACUUCGAAGUACUCGCAAGCAGUUGUGAAAUAGUAGCAACUGAUGCAGAUCCAAGGUACUCUUCACUUUCACCAGACCUUCUUCGCAAGAACCUCCAUCUACGCGCUCGUUCUGUUGCAUUUUCUGCUCUGCUUCGAUUACGGUCUAAAUUGUUUUUCAAGAUCCACGAGUAUUUUAUAAAUCGUGGAUACGUGCAUAUUGAUACUCCAAUGUUAACGUUUAAUGAUUGUGAAGGUGCUGGCGAAACAUUCUCAGUAGCUACAACUUCGUGUUCUAAAGAUAGCGACUUUUUUUCUAAGAAGGAUGUGUUUUUGUCCGUUAGUGGUCAACUGCAUCUAGAAGCGAUGGUAAGCGGUCUUUCAAGCGUUUACACUAUAAGCACCGGUCUUCGAGCUGACAAGCAACAGAGCAGAAAUCACCUUAGUGAAUUCAAGAUGUUAGAGGUCGAAAUUGCUUUUUGUGAUAAUUUGGAUCAGCUGCUGACCGUUUGUGAGGAUGUAUUGCUAUCUUCCGUUCGAUAUUUCAUUAACGAUCCUAACAUAUUGAAAGACUUCGAAUCUCUGAGCCCAUUCUCGUCGGUAGAUCAUCUGGCCACUCUGCGUUCUAUCGCAGAUAGUCCGCCAUUUCCUCGAGUGCCCUACGCUGAUGCUUUGCGACUACUUGUCAGUAAAAAUCAAAAAGUAUCCCCAAGUGGUCUGAGCAAGCAGAAUGAAGCAUUCUUGGUGAUCAUUUGUAAAUUAGUUAGACAUUUCAGUUAUUUUAGCACUAAUUUGUUUUUCCAUUUUAAGGUCAACUACUACAAUUCUCCCGUGUUUAUUACUCACUUUCCCUCGGACCAAAAACCCUUCUAUACGUUGCGUUCUUGGGAUGAAAAACUGACAGAAUCAUUUGAUUUACUAUGUCCUUUCGUUGGGGAACUUGCAAGUGGUUCUUUGCGUGAAACGUCUGCAGAUAAGCUAAGAAGUCGAAGCCCGAACAUUGAAUGGUACACAGAGCUUCGUGAACGAGGAAAGCCGAUAUCAGGCGGGUUUGGCAUGGGUUUUGAUAGAAAGCUACAACUUCUUCUAGGAAUUGCCAACAUCAAGGAUACUGUUCCAUUUCCGAGAUGGUUUAAACAUUGUCAGUGCUAA